AUGAACCAAGGGAGACUAAGAGACAAGCCGCGCAUGGAGGGUGCUCCUCCGUCGAAAGAGCCAGGACAGAAGGGCAUAGCUACGGACGCUAAGAAGCCUGGUUUAAAAGAAGCGUUCUUCGCAUCGCCACUGUACGACUUUCUAUACCCUCUAAGACCGGUAACGAACCAAUGGGCGGCGAAGUACAUCAUUGUUAUCUUUGCGCUUAUUAUAAGGCUAGCGGUGGGCCUUGGAGGAUACUCGGGAAUGGGGAAGCCACCCAUGUUCGGGGAUUUCGAAGCACAACGUCACUGGAUGGAAGUGACGCAGCAUAUCCCUGUUAGCAAAUGGUAUUUCCACCAGCUACAGUACUGGGGUCUGGACUACCCUCCCUUAACCGCGUACCACUCAUACUUGCUCGGGAAGCUUGGUUCAUACAUAUCCCCGGAGUGGUUUUCGUUACAUGCCUCGCGCGGCUACGAAAGCGAGGACCUCAAGUCAUACAUGCGGCUGACAGUGAUAUUAAGUGAGUUGUGUUUCUAUAUUCCAGCCGUUUUGUACUUCACGCGCUGGAUAGGAAGACGCAGGCAGCAAUCGCCAAUUGGGCAGUAUAUUGCUGGUGCGGCCAUAUUAUUCCAGCCGGCACUGAUCCUGAUUGACCACGGACAUUUCCAGUACAACUGUGUCAUGCUAGGUCUAACAGUAUGUGCUAUUAAUAACCUUUUGGACCAGUAUUAUGCUUUGGCCGCGGUAAAUUUUGUUUUUUCGCUGGGAUUUAAGCAGAUGGCUCUGUAUUACGCACCUGUUAUGUUCGUGUACUUGCUGAGCCGUAGCAUUUAUUAUCCGCGACUGAAUAUCCCUCGCUUCGUCGCAGUAGCAGUGGCUACUCUGAUUGCAUUCGGUGUAUUGUACGCUCCAUUGUAUCUAUUGGGCAACAUAAGUGCUAUUUUCCAAUCAAUUCACCGCGUCUUUCCUUUUGAGAGAGGGCUCUUUGAGGAUAAGGUCGCAAAUUUUUGGUGUGUCACUAAUGUACUGGUCAAGUAUAAGACCAAGUACACCACCUCACAGCUCAAGUUUUUCUCCUUGGUCCUCACUUCCGCUGCAAUGUUACCAUCGCUGAUUAUUACCUUCCUCUACCCGAAGAAAUUUAUGCUUCCGUAUGCCUUGGCUGCGUGUUCCAUGUCGUUCUUCCUUUUUGGCUUUCAAGUCCAUGAAAAAACUAUCCUUGUCCCCUUGUUGCCGAUAACUCUUCUUUAUACUUCGACCGACUGGAACGUCCUUUCCAUGGUUGCAUGGAUUAACAAUAUUGCGCUUUUCACCUUAUGGCCGCUGCUUAAAAAAGAUGGCCUUUCUCUUCAAUACGCCAUCAUGUUUCUUCUGUCGAAUUGGCUGAUCGGUAACUUCAGCUUUAUCACACCCACCUUUCUGCCAAAGGUCUUGACACCAGGGCCAUCCGUCAGCGAUGUUGCAGAUGGAUAUAGACGUAGGAGCCUGCUUCCAAGCAACAUAAUAUGGCGCAUUAUAAUUGUGGUAUCUUAUAUCUGCGUAGGGGCAAUUCACAUCGCAGAACUGUGGUAUCCACCUUCUCAACGUCUCCCAGAUAUAUGGGUUCUCGCAAACUGCCUCGUGGGGUGCUCAUCCUUCGCACUGUUCUGGAUGUGGAACAAUUAUAAAAUGUUCGCGAUGCGGAAUAGUACAAUCAGUGAUCUAUAG